AUGGAGGACAUGGAUGAAAACUUCACUCUAAGUGGUGAUAUCAAUGGCCCCCUACUAGCAGCAGUUAUCAGUAUAGAGAUGAUAGCAGGACUCAUUGCUAACUCAUUUGUACUCAUACUGACUAUAUGCCAUAUAAAGACUUGGAAACAACUAUCUACUAUAUUCCUUACUAACAUGCUGAUAUCUAACCUCCUGAUUGUCCUCUUUGUGAUGCUUUUCUCAAUUACAACUGCAGCAAGUGGUGAGUGGUUAUUCGGAAGAACUUACAAACAGAAAAUGAAAGUUUGUCAGUUCACGGGUUUCAUGUUUUGGUUCUGUGUGAUUGUAAUCACAGAAGGUCUCGUGUUGCUAUCGUUUGAUCGUUUCUUUUACAUUGUCAAGUCAUUUGAAUAUGAACGACACAUGAACCAGAAAAUAUCAAUAAUAAUAGUAACACUGUCAUGGCUACUUGCUGCCCUGUUAACUAUCCCGCCAUUGUUUGGUCUCGGGCGUUUCAGUUUUUCUUCAAGUUACGGUAUUUGUGUCCCACACUGGGAAGGAGAGUCUGGCUAUGUAGUAUACAUGCUAAUAGUAUUCAUCAUUUUCAUAAUAAGUUUACAUAAUUAA